UCAGAGGCCGCUCGCCUGCCGAAUAGCUGCCACUAUGCUUUCUUCCCACAUGUGCGUGUGACAGUGUGCGGCCGAGCACGCCAGGAGUGCGCUGCGGAGCUGAGCGAACCGGUGCGCGUCGGCCCUCUCGCUGUCGAUGUUGGAUAUAUUGACACACAAUGUUGAUGGCGACGAUCUCAGGAAAAGUAACGAACGAGAACAGCGAGAACAGCGAAAACUCUUGGGCAACGCAAACUGAUAUGGCCUGUACAUACACGCAGGCAACACACAUUAAUACAAAUUUCGAGACACAAACAAACACAAGCAGGAGACAUGGAGACACAAGUUUUCGCACCAGAGCUCGUUGACGGCUGCAACAGUGUUGCGACGGAAGUCAUGCACGACAUUCAUGUCGAUGACCUCCUCGCGGGGGACGAGAUUCAGGGCCUGAGCUGCUGCAAUAAACAAACAGUCGCCGCGGCCAGCGUUGUUCGUCCGCACGAAACGGCGGUCGUGCCGUCCCCAUCUAUAGCCGUCAACUCUCGCUCUGCAAGAUAGACCGGACGAGCGUCUUACUGGCUUUCUUUCUACUCCUCACCUUGCAGAUAAUCGAGGAACUUCGGCGACGACCGGCUCCAGCUGGUGUCCCUGAGAAAGAGACGAGGGGGUCGAGGGUGGCUGAGGGAUGAAGUUGAGUGGUGGUGAUGGAGGCGUGAAUGUCUCCUCCCAGACACACCCGCGACACUCCCCUGCAAGCAUACAGACAGGUCCAUGGGUGUCCGCUUUGACGAAAACGAACUUCCUUGCUUACGUCAAGGGAGAGAACUGAAAGGGAUUCACGAACUCGUCUACAAGUGAGCGCACUUUUGUCUUCUGCACAGCUACGGGGGCAGUAGACGGACUGAAUCGAGCCCAGCAAUGCUGCCGUGAAAGACUGAGUGUAUAUCCUUGCUGGACUUGCUGGCUGAUGUCCACCAUGUUCAGUCGAAUGAGGGAGCCUCGCUCAUGGUCGGGCAGACGUCCACGGGUCCUGCGGGGCCGGUCUGGCGGUGGCUUUCGUGGUUAUAUUGGCGACUGCUCGGCAUACUCCGACCAGCAGCUGCUCGUGCUUGUGGUCGAGGUGAUUGACGAUGCUGUGCAGGUCGCGCAUCGAGUCAGCCAGUGUCUCCUGGACGUCUGCCACGGUGUCUCAGACGAUGUCGGCACUCGUUUGCAGAGCAUAUCAUGACCCACCACCACGGCCGCCGUGACGAUCCUGAUGGUAUCGUCGAAGUUGGCAGAAAGUGCUUGAAACGCCGAGUUGCGUCACGAGCUGCUUGAUGACGGCUUUCAUGCCCGCCAGCUUCUGCCCGUCGGCAGGGAGCUGCGCAGCAAUCUGCUGAGCGAGGAUGCGCCGUUGAUGACAAGCCGUGUCUUCUGCCGCCCGUCUGCCUUGGUCGUCCUUCUGCGCGCCCCUAGGGACGUCACGUCUCUUGCGCCAAACGUAGGUCUCGUACUGCUCGAGUUUGUCGACCUCAGCAACGUCCGACUCUCGCCACCGCUGUUGGUCCUGUGGGCUCAUCCUCCUGAUGAUGGACGGGGUGACCUUCAUGCCCGGCAUCCACUUGACGUAGUUGUGACCAGAAACGGAUGGGCUGCCAUGGCGCCGUGGCUGGUCUGCCGUGAACGCCCAAGCUGCUGGAAGCGGUCGACCAGCCUAGUUCAUGUUCUCCCUCCACUGCUGAAUCGACAGGUUGCCGCUUCAGCUGCCACGCGCAGGAUCGUGCAUUGCAAUGCGGGCACUGCACCCACGUGUCCUUUGGAUAUUCCUCCAUGCACACCAGACAGUAUUCGGAGAUCCCAGCGACGGAUCGUCUCUCCCAUGGCAAUCGGCCGGACGCCUCCUGUCGCGACACCCUCGUCAUUGGUCUUCUCGAACGCGCUCAAGCGGGCUGCUGAGAGGAAGGGGCGGAGGGAGGGGGGCACGCGUG